CUGCGCGAGACGACCCCAUCUCUUCUGCAGAUGCGUGUCCUCCGCCUGUGCCUUUGCGGCCAGGAGGCACAAGGAGCAGUGAGGUCGGUGGUGCUACAAAUCCUUACGUAUUUGAUGGAAUGUCCCACACGUACUAAGCUGGCGAGAUGGAUGGUGUGCUCAGUCCAAGAAGAGUGGUGUUAUUACCAAGAAGUAGACUUCUGUCAAUUGUUCUCGAGGUCAAUUUUUAAAUGGGGAUCCUUGGUCCUCUCUCCAUGUACAAAACGUCAGAAGAAGUGCAAGCUUAACCAUUCUUUUCUGGAUUUAUUUGCGCCUACAGGUGUCAUUGUUCUCAUAGCAAACAACAUCAUUUGAGGCCAGGUCUGCGUCUUCCGUUAGGUUUCCAAAUGGUUGAAUUUUUGCUGCAGUCCAUGCAAAUUCGGAAGAACCUGUGGAGCUUUCUUUAUGGACCAUGAUAGAUUCACAUCUGUCAUUUUCAGGCCAGACUAACAGUACAUGCCUACCUAGGUGUGUUGUUUAACUAAGGAUUCAUUCAGUGCUUGAAAAUAAUCUACUUUCCAUGAUGUUCACCCCGCUUUCGGAAGUGCAUCAGAUAUGUAUAACUUUCCUUUUGAUCAUUCCAACUAGCAUGCAAUUAAAUGCUUUUUUAUUUGAAACAACUUGGUCAACACAAAAUUGCUAGAUGAACACAUGGCGAAACAUUCC